AUGGAGCUGCGUAAAUACUUGUUGUGCCUGGAGUUUAUCCUCCUGCUUAAAGAGCUUUGUCAGUGUUUCAACAUAGAUGUAAAGCACCCGCGCAUUUUUACCGGUCCAGAGGACGCGCUGUUCGGCUUCUCCGUCUUGCAGCAUGAAGCAGAUGGAGAGAAAUCGAUGCUGGUUGGUGCUCCCUGGGACGGGCCGCCCAACAACAGGAAAGGAGAUGUUUACAAAUGCAGCGUGGGACGGGAGAAGAACUCAAGCUGCAAUAAAGUGAAUCUAGGUGAGACGGCUCUCCAGAACGUUUCUAAAAAUCUGAGGAAUUCUCACUUGGGAAUGACCCUCACACCAACUUCACCUGAUGGCUUCCUGGCAUGUGCUCCACUGUGGUCACAAGAGUGUGGUACAUCUAUGUUCAGCACUGGCAUCUGUGCCUCAGUCAGCGAUGACCUAGAACCAAGAGAGACUAUUGCUCCAACAGCGCAAAGGUGCUCGACGUACAUGGACAUUGUGAUCGUGCUGGAUGGCUCCAACAGCAUCUACCCCUGGUACGAGGUCCAAAACUUCCUCAGUAACAUCCUCAGCAAGUUCCACAUCAGCUCAGACCAGAUGCAGGUUGGUAUUCUGCAGUAUGGUGAGGUAGCUGUUCACGAGUGGUCUCUGAAGGACUACCAGACCACACAGGAGGUAGUGGAGGCCGCCAAGAACAUCAGCCGACAGGAGGGACGGGAGACGCGCACGGCAUAUGCUAUUGAAACAGCCUGCACAGAGGCUUUCAGUCCUGAGCGUGGAGCAAGGGAGGGUGCUACCAAGGUGAUGAUCGUAGUCACAGAUGGAGAGUCCCACGAUGGGGAUGAACUAGAAGGUGCUCUGGAGAAGUGCGAAGAAAGAAACAUCACCCGAUACGCCAUCGCUGUCCUGGGUCAUUACAUCCGGAGACAGCAAGACCCUGAAACUUUCAUUAAGGAGAUCAAGUUCAUCGCCAGCGACCCUGAUGACAAAUAUUUUUUCAAUGUUACGGACGAAGCUGCGCUCAACGACAUUGUUGAUGCACUGGGAGAUCGCAUCUUCACUCUGGAAGGCACGCUGGGUUACAACGAGAGCUCGUUCCACAUGGAGAUGUCUCAGAUCGGCUUCUCCACGCACACUCUAGAUGAUGGCAUUUUGUUUGGCAUGGUGGGGGCCUAUGACUGGGAUGGGGGUGUGUUGAAAGAAGGGACCAAUGGGCGAAUCGUGCCAUCCAGAGAGGCCUUUGAAAGCGAGUUUCCUCUGGAGCUCAAAAAUCAUGCUGCUUAUUUAGGUUACACGGUGACCUCUGUGAUAAUUGGUGACUGGAAGAGGGUGUAUGUAGCUGGAGCUCCUCGAUUCAAACACAAAGGCAAAGUCAUUCUGUUUGAACUCAGCGAUGAAGGCGAUGUCAACAUUGUGCAGGCGCUUAAUGGAGAGCAGAUUGGCUCGUAUUUCGGCAGUGAAGUGUGUGGGCUAGACAUCGACCAGGAUGGCAUCACUGAUGUCCUUCUGGUUGCUGCUCCAAUGUACCUUGGGUCAGGAAACAAGGAGGCUGGACGAGUCUACAUCUACACCCUCAACGGAGAGGACAUUUUUGUAUCCAAUGGAACGCUGAAGUCAAACAAUAAGUCCCAGGAUGCCAGGUUUGGUUAUGCACUGGCACCCACUCCAGAUCUGAACCAUGAUGGCUUCACGGAUCUGCUGGUGGGAGCCCCACUGGAGGAUGAACACCGGGGGGCCAUCUAUGUUUAUCACGGAGACGGUAUUUAUGUCAUCCACAACUAUAAACAGCGGAUAGCUGCAUCAUCAGUUUCCCCCUCCCUGCAGUAUUUUGGCCGAAGUUUGAAUGCUCGAUUGGAUUUGGAUGGAGAUGACCUAAUAGACUUGGCAGUGGGAGCGCAGGGAAGUGCUGUACUGCUCAGCUCUCGCAGCAUUGUCCAGAUCAAUGUGAGUCUGUCCUUCCAGCCGCACUCCAUUAAUGUCAUUCAGAAAACCUGCCAGAGAGGAGGCAGAGAAUCCGCCUGUCUCAAUGCCACCGCCUGCUUUACAGCCGUGUCCCGCUCCCCAAGACCACACAGCAACAGUUUUGAUCUGUGGGUGCGGGCCAUGUUGGAUGACAGGAAGUUGUCAGCACGGGCGCUGUUUGAUGACAGCUCCCACCGACAGACCCAGCUGGCUGUCCGAGCCCAGACAGGAAAAACUCUGUGUUACAAACUUCCCUUCCAUGUCUAUGACACAGCAGAUUACAUUCGUCCUAUCAGUUUCUCACUGUGGUUUAAGAUCAACAACACAGAAAGUGGUCCCGUGCUGGAUGAAGGGUGGCCGACUACUAUCAACAAAUCUAUCCCAUUUUUUAAAGACUGCGGUGAGGAUGAUGUGUGUACAACUGACCUGGUGCUACAGGCACACAUGGACAUCUCUGGGACAAGACAAAAGCCUUAUGUGAUUCGCAGCCCUCGUAGGCGUCUGGCAGUGGAGGUGCAGCUUCAGAACAGACUGGAAAACGCCUACAACACCAGCCUGACGCUGCACUACUCACGCAACCUCCACUUCUCCAGCCUUAGCAUCAGGGAGGUUGCCCACUUCAAGAUCGAGUGCACAGCUCUUAGCGCCAACAGCCACUCAUGCAAUGUCAGUUAUCCAGUAUUUCGCUCCCAGUCAAAGGUUAACUUCCUGUUGGAGUUUGAAUUCAGCUGUACAUCUUUGCACAAUCAAGUGAAAAUGAAGCUCCAUGCAUCCAGUGACAGUGUGGAGAGACAAGACACUUUGGGGGACAACAGUGUUCAGCUCCAGACUUUUCUUCAGUAUGAACCAGACCUUUUUGUUAGCAGUGAAUCUAAUUUGAACCGCUAUGAGGUCCAUCCUACUCGGACAAUGUCGGAAGCAAUUGGACCAGAAUUCUACACACAUCUCAGGCUGCAGAAUCUCGGCUGUUACUCUGUGAGUAAUCUGGAGCUGCAUCUGCAUCUGCCCUCUGUGGCUGCAGGUGACAGAGUCUUCAUGACUGUCACCGAUGUCUUCUCAAUAAACGUCACGGUGAACUGCAGCGUGCUCAGUGAUGCAGCACAGCUGAAGGCCAGACAGGGAGAUGUGCGCCCCCUUCAUCCUGAAGACAUGAUGCAGGAUGACAUGUUGAACUGCAGCAGGUCGUGGUGCACAGAGGUCGUGUGUCAAGUCAAGCAACUGCCGAGAGGAAAGGAUGCCAUCAUUCGGGUCAGCCGCAGAGUUCAUGAUGAUUUUUUCAGACAUGCCAAAUAUAAGUCAGUGAAGAUAAUAGGCGUAUAUCGACUCACAGCUCAGGAGACUAACCUCAUUACUCUGAGCGCAGGAACAGUCUGGAGGGAGACUGUGCUGGAAGUGCUGAAAGGCCGAGCUAUUCCCAUCUCGCUCUGGAUUCUGAUCGGUAGCAUCAUAGGAGGUUUGCUGCUGCUGGCCCUCAUUAUUUUCGUACUGUGGAAGCUUGGAUUCUUUACACGCAAACAGAGAGAAGAGGAUGAAAACCAUGAGGACUGAGCAAAACCUUUGCUGCCAAGAACACACUCAUCUGCAAUGGAGACUGUCAGAUGAGUAGAGCCCACCUCCUGCCAGACACAAAGAUAGUCCCGAGAUGGGCCUUCAGGACCAAAGAGAGAAUCGGGGAGGGGGUUCAAGAGUAAUGCGCUACCCACUGUUUCAAGGGUCAGGGGCACUUAUGUAAAUAAUCUUUUUCUAAUUUUAAAGAAAUGCAAAGUGUAUUAAACCACAGUCCUUCUAUUUAA